AGCCGCGGAGGCCGGUCCCGCCAGAGCGAGCUGCCCGUAACGGUCGCCUAGGAAAGGGGGUGAGAGGAGAGGAAGGGAGGGCUUUAAAAAAACAAACCAGCACAAGAAGGAGGAGGAGGAGGCGGCUGCGACCCAGGUGUCGCCGCUUCCUGCUAGAGAGGGAUCCGCGCCCCGCGCGCUCGCUCGCUCCCCGGGCCCCUCCCCUCCUCUGCACUCCCCUCCCUCCUCUCCCCUCCCCGGGGGAGGGGCGGCGGCGGCAGCGGCAGAUCAGGCGGCUGCAGCCUCAGCAGCCCCGAGCCCAGGCGCGGGGAGGGAAGCACAAAGCCGGCUGCGCGCCCCGAGGUCUUCAGUGACCCAAAGUUGGGUUCCAGAAUAAAGCUGAGGAUUCAUGUCCUGGGUGGAAAAACAAGAGGUAACAAGAAGAAUUGACAGCCUUGAAGCAUGAGUUCAGAUGCUAAUCCCGGAGUGAUCACUACUCCUCCCCCUCCCAGCAUGCCUCACAAAGAGAGGUAUUUUGAUCGCAUCAAUGAAAAUGACCCUGAAUACAUUAGGGAAAGGAAUAUGUCUCCAGACCUAAGACAAGACUUCAAUAUGAUGGAGCAAAGGAAGAGAGUCACUCAGAUCCUGCAAAGUCCUGCCUUUCGAGAAGACCUGGAAUGCCUUAUUCAAGAGCAGAUGAAGAAGGGUCACAAUCCAACUGGACUGCUGGCAUUGCAACAGAUUGCAGAUUAUGUCAUGGCCAGCUCUUUCUCAGGUUUUGCUUCAACUCCCCUCAGCCUUGGAAUGGUUACACCCAUCAAUGACCUUCCUGGUGCAGAUACUACUUCAUGUAAAGGGGAAAAACUCACUCGUUGUAAGCUAGCCAGCUUAUAUAGACUUGCUGACUUGUUUGGGUGGGCACACUUGGCAAAUUCCUAUAUCACAGUAAGAAUAAGCAAGGAACAAGAUCACAUUAUCAUUAUUCCUAGGGGUCUGUCUUUUUCUGAAGCCACAGCCUCCAACUUGGUAAAAGUCAAUAUAAUAGGAGAAGUAGUUGAUCAGGGAAGUACAAAUUUGAGAAUCGACCAUACAGGAUUCAGUCCUCAUGCUGCUAUCUACUCCACACGCCCUGAUGUUAAAUGUGUGAUACACAUCCAUACUCCUGCAACUGCAGCAGUAUCCUCAAUGAAGUGUGGAAUCCUUCCAAUCUCUCAAGAGGCACUGAUACUGGGAGAAGUUGCAUAUUAUGAUUACCAAGGAUCCCUGGAUGAACAGGAAGAAAGAAUUCAGCUACAGAAAGUUCUGGGGCCAAGUUGUAAGGUACUGCUGCUGAGGAACCAUGGUGUGGUAGCACUGGGAGAAACAGUAGAGGAAGCCUUUCAUUACAUUUUUAAUGUGCAAAUAGCCUGUGAGAUACAGGUCCGGGCAUUAGCAGGAGCAGGAGGAGUAGACAAUCUACUUGUACUUGACCUGCAGAAAUACAAAGCUUUCACUCAUUCUGUGGCAGUGGCAGGAGGAGGAGGUGUGAACAUGACUUCCCAACAGAAAUGGAAAGUUGGAGAGCUUGAGUUUGAAGGACUAAUGAGGACACUGGACAACCUGGGGUACAGAACCGGCUAUGCAUAUAGGCAUCCUUUGAUCCGAGAGAAGCCCAGGCACAAAAGUGAUGUGGAGAUCCCUGCAACUGUGACUGCCUUUUCUUUUGAAGAUGAUAUGGUGCCCCUUUCACCUCUCCGAUUCUUAGCACAAAGACAGCAGCGUGAAAAAACAAGAUGGCUGAACUCACCAAAUACUUAUAUGAGAGUGAAUGUGCCUGAGGAGUCUUGGAAUGGGGAAACCAGUCCCAGAACAAAAAUCACAUGGAUGAAAGCAGAGGAUUCCUCUAAAGUUAGUGGUGGAACACCCAUCAAAAUUGAAGAUCCAAACCAGUUUGUUCCUCUAAAUACAAACCCAAGUGAGGUCCUAGAAAAGAGAAAUAAGAUUCGGGAACAAAACAGGUAUGACUUGAAGACAGCAGGACCACAAUCUCAAUUGCUUGCCGGCAUUGUUGUUGAUAAGCCUUCUUCAACAAUGCAUUUCGAAGAAGAUGAACAUGCUCCACCGGCUCCACCUAACCCCUUCAGUGAUCUGACAGAACGGGAACUUGAAGAGUACAAGAAGACAAUCGAACGCAAACAGCAAGGCCUGGAAGAUGCUGAGCAGGAAAUAGUCUCAGAUGAUGGUUCAUCUGUCUCACAAAUUCAGUCUCAAACUCAGUCACCGCAAAAUGUCCCUGAAAAAUUAGAAGAAAACCAUGAGAUAUUUUCCAAGAGCAUCAUCUCCAUGGAAGUGCCUGUUGUGGUAGUGAAUGGCAAAGAUGAUAUGCAUGAUGUAGAAGAUGAUCUCACCAAGCACAUGAGUCGAUUAACCACGAGCACAACUGUAGAGAAUGUUGAGAUUACCAUUAGGCCUUCCGAAAAAAUUGAAGAAGUCGUCUCCCCUGAAGGCUCUCCUUCAAAAUCACCAUCCAAGAAAAAGAAGAAAUUCCGCACUCCAUCUUUUCUGAAAAAGAACAAGAAAAAGGAGAAAGUUGAAGCCUAAGUAUCUCCUUUUUAUUAUAAUGUGACAUUGCACAUUUAAAAGCCACAUUUAAGUCAACCAUUAAUAUACAUUAGUAGAUCAGCAUUAGGGAUUGACAGCAAACUGGACUUUAAAAUUAAAAACUGAACUGGAAAAGGGUUGGAUUAAAGAGAAAAUAUGUAAAACCCUAAUUCAUCUCUCACUUUGUAGGUCCAAAAGUUUCUCUGAGUUUUGAAACAUUUUACGGUUUAAAUGAGAUCUGCUCUAGCAGGUGUUCAUGCAGUGCCCCAUAGUCUGAGCUCUUCCUGAAGUGCUUCAGGCCUUUCUUCACCGUCGUGUCUGUCUGGGAACAUUACCAGUGAGGAAGCAAGAGAAUUUUUAUUUUUCAACUGCUGUGCCUCACUUGGUAAUAAGAUUAUACUUUUUUAUUAUUAUUUUUGACCACAUCUUUUCUGUUUCUGUACCCACUGUUUCAGUGGAUAGACAGUAACAGAAUAUGUAAAUCUUUUUAGACUAGAUCCUACAGAACAGGUAUACACUGGCACCUAAUAGAAAAAAAAAAACUUUAAGCAAAGGUUGGUUUGGAAUCUUUUGCAUUGUGUAAAAUGGCCUCAUCUGAAGUAACUUUGUUUGCCAAAUAUUUCAUUUUAGUGAAAUAUAAUUUUUGAAAACUUCCUUUUUUAUUAGUUAGAAAACCCCUUAUUUUUCAAUAAAGGGGAUUUUGUACACAUAACAUGGAUAACUUAGUUUAACUCUGGCAAAACAAAUUUUUGUAUGUUGAGAUGUUUGUAUACCAUUCAGUAUAAAAGUGUUAUAAACAUUUAAGCCAAUCAUUUAACAUAGAGCUUAUUUGAAAAUGCUUUGGACUGAGUGUACUUAAAUAGGAUUCAAGAAUCCAGGGGCUCUGGAUCAAAGGAUCAUAGCACAUAAAAAUGAAACUGGAUUCAUGCUUAAAAUCCUAGUAAAUGUUUUCUCUUGGUAUUGCUAAUGAAUGAAAAAUUAAUUUCAAUAAAUAACCAAAUGAAAGGGGAAAAUUGUUCAACAGAAAGUGAAAUGUCAAGAAUAAAAUGAGACGUUGGGUGAGAAAAGUACCCAUUUGGGAAUGCCUGGUGUUCACUAUGCAAUAUAGAUCGUGAUUUCUUAAAUUGGCAUGGAAAAUGUGCAUGAAAACCUUUAAAAGUCACAUCUCUGCCAAAAGCAACUUUUUACUUGGUUGCAUUUACAUUUUAAAAGGGUCAGAUCCUUCUGACUUAUGUCCCAUUGGACAGCACUAGAAUAGGUGAGCAUGGUUUAUGCCACCCGGGGAAACUACCACUUCUUCAUUUUUAUCAAUCGUCUCAUCUUUUCUGUUUUCUUCCUUUCUACUGUAAAUAGAAAUCUAAACCUAAACUUAACAUAGCAGUCUUUUCCUUCUAUGAACAUUUGACUUCAUGAAUCCACCACAAAUUAGUGACUGAUCAUUGUGACCCCCAAAUGGCCAGUCUGCAAAAUAAUCCAAAGUAUUUCUGGAGGGUGAGUUGGCAUGCAAAAAAUCAUGUUGAUUAUGGUGUGUUAUGGGGCUGGUUCUGUUUUGACUGUGUAUGUGUGAUGAUGCCAAGUUAAAAUGAAUCCUGGAAACCAUAUUCUAGAUAUCACUAACUACUGGAAUCAGUGUUUUUAAUCUCUUAGUGAAAUUUUUCAGUUUUGCUUAACUUUGUUUUUGAGGAUUUUGUUUAUGUUCUACAUCAUUUGUGUUGUACUACAACAUAUGUAGAAACAGUAAUCUGUGAACUAUGCUUUUCAUAACUUUUUUUAAACAAAGAAUCUAUCUAAAUGAAUGCAAUGUGCAUAAGUAUUUUUAAAAUGCAACAGUGAGCUCUUUGCACCUUCUGCUAAUGCCUCUAUUGACUUGCUUUGGCAUAAAGAAUGAGCCAACCAACUCUGUGUCCUGUGGAAAAAUAUAUAAAUGUUAUCUGAGAUUGCUCCUAGAUGUAAUGCUAAUUAAUGUUAAAUCACAAAUAAACAGUAUUUUAAAUAGA